GCGAAUCCUCAUCCUUUCACAUCACAAAAUGUUUAGACUUACUCUACUUCGACGAGCAAUUGCUUUGUGUCUCUUUUUUCAUGCAAUUGAAAUUAGAGGUAUUCAGUUGUCUUCUACUACUCAGGAGGAACCUACUUCAUUCGCGCAAGCUUCAGCUUAUGGUCAAGUCAAACAAAAUUACAUAAGUAUGAAGUCAACUAUCAUUGUGGCAGCAGCUUCUGGACAAGAUUCGGGUUCAUGGGAUCAAACCUAUUUUGCAGUACACGAAACAUCCUCUGGAGGUCCCAACGACAACUACUACGGCUUACAGGCCACCACGGGCGUGUAUGGCCACAAACUUAAACCUAGGCAAUUGACUUCAACUUUUAUUACGGUUACCCAUAGUGGAGAUGGUGUUAAAUCAAGCUUUAAUGCAAUUCAAGUUGGUUGGCAUAUUCAUCCAGAAAACUACGGCGACUCACGUCCCCACUUCUAUACCUAUUGGACGAGAGAUGGAUAUGAUGCAACCGGUUGCUUCAAUAUGAACUGCCCUGGUUUCAUACGAGCAAGUGGCUCUCUGGUAGCUCCAGGUGAUGUUAUAAAAUCAAAUUCAGGUGUCCAUGAACCUGUACAAAAUGUCACACUCAAAGUGCUCAAGGACAAAACAAGUGGAGAUUGGUGGGUGUACUAUGGCUUCAAUGGCAACCCCACGGGAGUGGGAUACUUCCCAAGGUCCUUGUUUACCUAUUUGGCACAAAAGGCAAAUGGAAUGGCUUUUGGUGCCUUUGUGAUUGCCGAUAAGACACUUCCAACUCCUCCCAUGGGAAGUGGUGCUCACCCAAAUGGUGGCCAAGGUCGCGCCGCAUCUUUCACAAACCUUCGAUUCAUUGAUCAAGAUGGUAGAAGUAAUCCAAUGACGACCGAUUGGCCAAAAUUAGUAACAAGUAACAAAUGCCACUCUAUUACUCCUAUUGAUCGUGCUGGAUGCCUAUAUGGUGGUCCCGGGGGUUGUGUGAGAUAAGAUUUGUAGACACUCGGUGUCAUCAAAUUGUAAUCGCCUAAUAAAAUUAUGAGAAGUUCUUCUAUGCUUU